AUGGCUUCUGCAAACGGAACAGCCACUGCUAAUGGAACUACCACUACCAAUGGAGGAGGCCCUCAGGGUCAACCUCAAGGUAUCAAUAGUUCUUCAUUAACAACAUCCACAACUACAACCCAACCAUCUUCAGCCAAACGUGACAAGAGACGCCAAUCUAUAGCUUCGCGUAUUAUUCAAAUAUCCAAGGUUUUUGAGCAGGACCGGGAUUUACAGUACCGGGAAAUGCUUCACGCGCUUCAAAGUACACUAUCUUCGCUACACUCUGGGAAGAAUGGCGAGUUUCUUGAACAACUGACAGAUAUAGAGGAGCUGAGGGACCAAGAGCUGAUGCGGCUUAGCUUAUGGGAAUCAUACCAGAUUGAACAAACAGAGGCCGAGUACCAACGAGAAAUUGCUUUGGCAAAUGAGGAGUACAACCGGAUGACUCAGAUGGUCAAGGCCCGACUGAUGGCGCGCCUGGAAAACCAGCGCAAGAGAUUACGGGAGGAAAAGGCAUAUUUGGACAUUACGAAUGAAAACAACAUGUUUUUAGCAUUCAACAAUGGAAGUGGAGGAGGUAGUGCGGCAGCAGCUGCUGCCAUGGCAUAUGCAGGUGGAAAUGGAUCUUCACUUUAUGCGCGUGAACAAGGGUAUACCAGUGGAGGAGGAACGACACAACACGGGUAUGGGUCAAAUAGUGAAGCACCUGGAAAUGGAAGACUUUCUGGGUAUGGCAGUGGAGGAGGAGGAGGAGGAAGAAAUGGAGACACGAGUACAGCUGGAGGAGGAGGAGGAGGAGGAGGAAACGGUGGUGGUGGUGGACCCAACUCACCGAUGCCUUUUGGAUUCCCAGGAGAGCGCCGAAGUCUACGGAGGCGUGAGCAUGUGAAUGCUUCUGCAUUUGAAGAGAUGAGUGGGUUUAGUGGAGGAGGAGGAGGAGGUGGUGGUAAUGCCAGUGGGGGAGAGCGGACGGGGUAUUCCAGUGCUGGCGGGGGUUCGAGCAAACGUCGCAAAGGUGGAGCUGCAACACGGAGUGGUGGAGUGAGUGGAGAUGAUCUUGGGUUUAGUGAUCGAGAUGCGUUAGAUGGGUUUUUAUUUUCGAGGGAUCGGGAUGGAAAUAUGAGUGGUGGAGGUGGUGGUAAUGGCGGAACAGGAACUGACCGUGGAGGCGGGGCCGGGACCGAUCGUGGGUACGGGUCUGGUGGGGCUGGCGGGGUGAGUGGAGUUGGUGAUAACGGUGGAGUGAGUGGGGUUGGAGGAGGUGGUGGAGGUGGUGGUGGUGGUAAUGGUAAUGUUAAUGGAAAUAAUAGUGUUGGAGGUAGAGGUCAUGGGACCGGGUACGGACAUCCUGGAAGUGGAGGGGGCCGAUCGUCAAAGUCGUAUCAACCGCCGGCGACGUUGAAGCCUGAGGAUGCUCUGGACGAUCUUGCACAGUUGCGAGCGGCGGUGACAAUGCUUAAGCGGAAACGGGCCGGGUUAUAG